AUGUCUGGCAAACACUAUUUUCCCUCCACGAGCGCGAAUUCUUUGGUUCCGAGAGCAUUACGAGCUCUCGUAUCUGCGAAUGACCACUUGACCUUGGAUUAUGCGGAAAGAGUCGUUGCAAAUGCCUUUCACGAUGAUUCAAAAGUCAGCAUCAUCAGUGGAGGUGGCUCAGGACACGAACCAGCGUGGAGUGGCUUUGUCGGUGAUGGCCUACUCGCAGCAGUUGCUUGUGGUGAUAUUUUCGCAUCCCCCAGCGCGAAACAAAUUCUCGCUGCAAUUCGAAUGGCCCCGUCGAAGAAGGGAGUUAUAUUGUUGAUUACCAAUUAUACUGGUGAUCGUCUUCACUUCGGUCUAGCCGCUGAAAGAGCCAAGGCUGAAGGGUUUGUCGAAAACGUCGCGAUUCUGCAUGCCACCGACGACGUCUCGAUCGGAAGAAGCAAGAACAGCCACAUGGGCAGAAGAGGUCUCCCUGGGCAUGUUUUUACUAUGAAGAUUAUUGGGGCCGCGGCCGCGGAAGGCUACUCCUUUGAACAGUGUCUUGCCCUGGGACAAGCAGUCAAUGGACACACAGUCACAAUCGCUUCUGCGCUUGACCAUUGCCAUGUACCAGGUAGAAAUCAGCAAUCAUCUCUUGCGGACGAUGUGGUCGUAAUUGGCGCCGGCAUUCACAAUGAACCUGCCCAAGUUCACAUUUCUCCAGUCCCAUCGGUUGAGGAUUUGAUUGGGCGGUGUCUCAAACUCCUUUGUGACGAAUCCGAUACAGAGCGAGGUUUUGUCAAGUUCGAGCAGAAUGAUGAAAUCGGGUUGCUAGUAAAUAACUACGGAGGCCUCUCGGUUCUCGAAUUACAUGCCUUGGCCGAUGAAAUUCAACUCCAAUUGAGCUCACGAUGGAAUAUCAAGCCUUACAGAACGCUGUUUGGCGCUUUCGAGACAUCUCUCAAUGCACCUGGCUUCUCUAUCUCUCUAUGCAACCUGACAGCCGCAGCUCGGCAAUCGAAUGAGACUGUUGCUACCCUGGUUCGCCAAUUCGACAGUGCUACGACCGCGGUCUCAUGGCCCAAUACUACCCGUCCCUCUUCUUCUCAACAGAAAAUAACUUUGGACCAUCUCGAUGCGAAAGCAAAUGGACCCGUCGGUGGCUCUCCUAGCAUCAAACUCGACUCCGUGCUCCUUGAAACUGCCAUUCGGACCUCAUGCGAGAGAGCCAUCGCAGCGGAACCAAGUUUGACACAGUGGGAUAUGGUUAUGGGAGACGGAGACUGUGGUGAGGCUGUCCAGGGCUUGGCCGAAUCUAUCCUACGAAGAGUCGAUAAGGGUUGCACAAAAUCUGGCGACGUGCUUGAGGUCAUACAUUCCAUAUUGCAGGGUGUGGACGACAUGGGCGGCACUCUUGGGGCAAUUUUUGGAGUUCUACUAUCAGCCUUUUUAACUUCUUUGAGGAGAAAUGCGUCCGAAGGCAAAAUAAACUCAAGCUCGCCAAGGUUUUACGCAACUGCUCUCGAGUCUGCGGUUACAUCUUUGAAGUCGCACACAGGAGCGAGGAUAGGAGACAGGACAGUCAUGGAUGUGCUCCUUCCAUUCCAGGAGGAGUUCUCCAGAACAAAUGACCUCGUUUCGGCAGUGAAGGUUGCAGCGGAGAAAGCCGAGGGAACGAGGUAUCUCAAAGCGAAAUAUGGUCGAGCAACAUAUGUUGGCGAGGAUUCGAGCCAGGAGCUUCCAGAUCCCGGAGCUUGGGCCCUUUACGAGAUAGUUGCUGGCUUGGCCGAUGGUCUUGGAUUCGCCUCAAAGUAG